AUGGAGUAUGGAGUGAGUGAUUCGUGCAAGAUAUCCAUGAGGAAUCGCUUUCAAGUGGCAGUGGUGAAACUAAUGGUGCAGGUGAUGGCUUGUGCGGGGUUGCAGUCGGAAUACUAUCAAACUAGCUGUCCCAAUGUGCACACACUCGUCAGAGACGCCGGCUGCGAUGGAUCGUUUCUGAUCGAUUCGAGCGAGGAAAAUACGGCGGAGAAGGACGGCCCGCCAAAUUUGUCAGUGCACGCUUUCUUUGUGAUCGACAACGAUAAAGGGAAAUUGGAGUUUGCGUGUGCUGUUACUGUUUGCUGCGCUGACAUCCUCGCUUUGGCUGCUGGAGACGCUCUUGUCUUGGCACGAGGUCCAGACUGAGAAGUUCCUUUGGGGUGAAAGGAUGGGAAAUUAUCGAGAGCCAAGGACACCACAGCCUUGUCCGCGCUGACCUUCAACAUUUCGCACCCUCUUCAGAGCUUUUCUCAAAGAGGACUCUUAGCGCAUGACCUGGUAGCUCUCUCAGGGAGUCAUACGCUGGGUUUCUCCCAUUGCUCUUCGUUUCAGAACAGAAUUCACAACUUUGGUAGCACAGAGGAGGUGGAUCCGAGUUUGCACGCAGCCUUUGCUCAGAUGUUGAGGAACGUAUGCCCGGCUGGCAACACGCAAAAGAACGCAAGAGCAGUAUUGGAUUCCACUGCAAGUUGGUUUGACAACCAAUAUUACAAGAACGUGGUGGCGGGGAAGCGGAUCUUCUCUUCUGAUGCGGCGCUGUAAAUGUAAAUGUUGGAAGUGAAGUCCAAUGGAUUCCUUCCCUUUGCCGCCAAAAACUCUUGGUUCUUCAACUUCUAUUUGUAAGCUCUUUAAGAGCUGGUUGCAUAUCAUUUUGUGAGAUGAA